AUGUCACCAACCACGGCCGCUCCAUCGAUCGCGACUGCCAUCUCGGCUUUUGUUCAGGGGGGAACUCUGUCUCUGGGUGGGUGUUUUUGCAGCAAAACAACAAAACCAGUGUGGAAGAUAUCGGCUUUCGGCGUUCUUAUUUCUAUCCGUCGCAUGCUGUACCUUUCAGUUUUUGUCAACGCUGAUUCGGAGCGUGGGCCCAGCGGGAUCAGCCUGAGUGAUGAUGAUAAUAGGAGGUGUGUGACGGUGGCGUUCAAAACCAACAGUGUUCAUCCAUCAAAGCCGCAGGAAAGAAAAGAGGACAAUGAGAAGAAAAAGAAAGUGUUUGGAUCAACGAUCCCUGCAGCACUGAACGCAUGUGAGGUCUGUGCAGUCCCUUGGGAAUGCAGGGAAUCGUAUACGGUUGUAAAUAUGAACUUCAGGAAUAAAUGGUGUGAGCCCAGUUUAAGCCGAACCGGAGCCGUGUCCAAGGCUGACGGGAAUGACGCUGCCUGCUGCUGUUUCCCCUCCUGA